AUGUACGACAGGCUCUACCAAGAGACAGUUAUUUUAUUCAAUAGAGAAACCAGUGCCUUAAAGAUCAGAUUUGAAAUGGCCAAAGAGAUGAGGAACCAUCUUGAGAUUCUUCCCAACAUUGGUUACAUCCAAGCCAGAUCACAAUUUCAGGCUCAGCUCAAGUUCCUACCUAGAAAGUCACUGGCAGAAGAUGCACCAAAAUAUUUUGAUCCAGAAACCUGUGUGCUGGAAGCGCCAAUAAUAAUUUGGGUUGCAAAACAUAACAAAGCCGUGGAGUUUGCUGUGCAUGCUGUUGUUACAACAUCUGACCUUCAGUUCAGUGUCCAAACAAUUGAUUUUGGCCAUUGCACAAUUCAUGAAUCUGUUAGGAGCUGCAUCCAGUUGAUUAACAAAUCUUUGUUACCCCAAGAUUUUGGCUUUGUAGACCUGCCACCUUAUGUCAGUGUGCAACCCAACGAUGGUUUUGGUAUAAUUCUGCCACUGGAAACUCUGAAUUUGGAUGUUUUGUUCCAACCUCAUGCGGCCAAAGAAUAUAACUUUCAGCUGGUGUGUAAGACUCUAAUUAACAGGAAUUUCUGUCUUCAGGGCAAAGGAAUCGGUGUCCGGCCACCCUUGGAACUGUCACACCAAAAGAUCAUAUUUAAAGAGACAGCGCUGUAUGACGAAUCAGAAGCAGUUAUUUAUGUUGUCAGUUCUUUGACAUAUGAGCAGAAGGAAAUAAACGCCUUAUUCCGAAGAACUGGAAAAAAUGAAGCUGCACCAGUGGGACAUGCAUCAUUUGAGUUUGUUGUGCCACAAGGUGUUCCAAUCAAAAUCUCUCCUGCUGUUGGAACUGUGGAACCAGAAAAGUCCUACUUUCUAUUCUUUUUCAGUCCUCUUUCAGUUGUGCAUUGUGACAUGCUUAAUAUUCGCAAUCUUUUUUUUCUUAAGCUUUUCUUGUUUGGAAGUAUAAUUUGCCCACAUGAUGAUGAUGAUGUAAAAAAAGAUGAGAGGAAAUUAUGA